GAACUUAGUGUACCACGACAACCUUUACUUAUGUUUAUUUUCUUUCUCUCUCUAACAUGCGUGCGUAGCUGUUGGAAUUUGUAUAUGCUACCAAACCUCAUACUUUCCCUAACUGCAAUUAAUCUGCAUUUGCACGAACCUAACCUACUAUCGAAAGUCGAAACAUCCCCUGUCACUUUGACUCAACUCACACACCAAUCUCCAUAUCCCUACCAAUUUUCCCUAUUCACUCAUCAAUUUUCUCGUAUCAGUUCUAUAAUUUAUCGGCCGUACCUGUUGUUUCAGAUUGGUCAACUUGGUUAUUGAUGUUUGAUCUGAAAUCCAGGAUUGCUACUUAGGUUUGCAUCAAUAUAAUCUGACAAGAGAAUAGUAAGGAGCAUGCCAUAGACUAUACAAACACACACUGCUGAUUAUUUAUUUACUUGAUGUAAGUGGCCUGUGCUUGGUUUCAGAUUUUGUGGUAGUGUAGUCCAACUGUCCAACUUAGAGCAGGCAGCAUGGAGGAUAUUCUGUUGGAUACCAGGUGGGAAGAUGUAAUCUGCCCCAUAUGCUUGGAAGUUCCUCAUAAUAGUGUGCUCCUUCAGUGUUCAUCUUAUGAUAAGGGGUGUCGUUCUUUUGUAUGUGACACAAGUCAGUUGCACUCAAAUUGCUUGGAUCGUUUUAAAAGCACACAUAGCAUGCCAUCCUCUUCAACAUAUGAUUCAACCUCCCAAUUGUCUGAUGCAAAUUCCAUGGCAAAUAGUGAGUCAGUGGUAUCUGAUUGUCAAUACAAGCUGAGUUGUCCGUUGUGUAGAGGUGAUGUUUUUGGGUGGAUUAUUGUUGAUAAAGCUCGUGUGCAUCUUGAUGAGAAGAAGCGUUGCUGUGAAGAGGAGCAAUGUGCAUUUAUUGGAAGUUACUCCGAGCUACAAAAACAUGCUCAACUGGAACACCCUCAUGCUUGUCCAUCGAAAAUUGAUCCUGUCCGACAGCUUGAUUGGAAAAAUUUUCAGCAGUCAUCUGAGAUCAUAGAUGUUUUGAGCACUAUUCAUUCAGAAAUUCCACGGGGAGUGGUUUUGGGAGAUUAUGUGAUUGAAUAUGGGGAUGAUGACAUUGCAGAUGAGUUUGAGGACUUCCCUGGAGAUGAAGGUAACUGGUGGACCUCUUGUAUUCUGUAUCAUGCCUUCAAUAACUUUAGAAGUUCUAGAAACCGAAGAAGGACAAGAGUUGGCGAUCAAAGUAGGGUUAAUCGCCAUUUAAGUUCUGAUACUUCAAAUUCUGAUGAAGGUUCUGUAGCAUCUGUAGAGUAUGGCGAGUAUAGGCUAGAUGAGAUUGAUGAUGAUUUUGUUAGUACAAUUGGCCACUUGAGAGGUGAAAGUGGUUUUCGCAGAUCACGGAGACGUCAUUCUCGCUCCAAUGACAAUUAGGUAAGUUAUGUCUACAAAUAACCUUCAUUGUCCUUUCUGUUAUUGUAUGAAGUUUGUGACGACUUUAAACUGGAUACUGAUAGUAUAUUUCUUUCUGACUUGAAGUAUGAGGUAGCAGUGGUGAGACCCUGGUAUUUUGAGCUCUUUUGUUUUAUUCCCUUUAAUGUACUUAUUAAUUUUCAAGUGUUGGAGCAGUAUUUGAACUGAAGGAAGCAGAAUGAGAGGAAGAGAUACACUCAACAUAGAAACCAGUGUGAUCUUGAUGCAGCUGGUGUGACAACUCGCAAAGGUUACAUUUAGGUCAUCUAAUGCAUUUGUGAUAACUUGAGGGACCAACAUUACAAAAUUGAUAGUUGAAUGUGGAUUAUAUUUCAAGUUUCUGUUAUGCUUACCAUUAACUACCAUUUAGUAUGCUAGCCAUUGGGAGCCUGUUAAUUUACUCCUGUGCCACCAAAGUGAUUCCGCUAGCUUUAUGCUCUGCUUAACUAUAGAACAAUGAAUUACUUCUUUUCCUUGUACAUAUAGCCGCUUAGUUGUGAUGUAUUAUAAUGAUUCUAAAGUAGGGAUGUUUACAUGUCACUGAAUAAAACUUUUGUUUUUUUUUCCUCCCCCA